AUGGAGGGAAAUCCUGGGACUUCGGAUUUAGUACAGACAAAAGAGGAAUAUGAUGAACACGAAGGCCAAAAUGUCUUAACAGACGUACUAGAUGUUGGGGAAGAAAUCGCUGUAGACGAACACGGUAUUUUGCAAGAGGCUAUAAUGCAGCAAGGACUACCUGACGAAGGCAAUAUUGAAAUAGAGUAUAUAGACGACGGAAGCAUAGCUGCUGAAGAGAUAGUUCUUGACGAAGAUGGUGUUUUGAUGGAAGAAGAUGAUAUAGCUACUCAGUCUUUAGUUGCUUUAUCCAGAGGUCCAAGACAUAAAGACAAAACUGUCCGUGAAUUCAUUCAGCAAACAGUUCCCAUGACUGGAAAGCAGGCUCAUCGUGGCCAACCACGUAUACUUCGAAGACCAUUAGGAGCAAGAACUUCUUUAUAUGAAUCGUCCAGUCGAGGACUUCCUCGCCCUAACUAUCCAAUUCCGCUUCAAACUAAGCGACUGUUACCCGUAGCUACUGUUCCAGUUCCUCCUACGAAGCAACCCACUACGCAGAAAGAUUGGAGAGAAGAGCAAAAAAGACUGUUAGAAAUUUAUGAGAUUUACGAUUGUUUGCCUGAUCAUAUGAAAGAACCAUUCCGACGAGUUCUAGAAUCUAGGGGAGACAACUCUUUAAGAAUUAUUCCCAAAAGAGGUUCGAAUCAAAUGAGGAUGAGCGGAAUGGGUAACAUGAGCCAGAGGGAGCAACACUAUGCUGAAGAACAAAUGAUGGAAUCAGAAUCAGCUGUGAGGCACGUGCAGUACAAGGAUGUUCGAGCACGUCAUGUCAGUGAUAAUGAGCUUAUGAUGACUGAUGAUCAGGAAGGGCAGGGUAUGCAUAUGGAUGACAAGCGAAAUGUGCAACAAGACUUGGAAGAGCUAUCCGAUAUGCCUCAAUUAGAAGAAGCCACACCUGUGGAAAUGCAUUCCCGACAAGUUCGACAUCCACAGAAUGCUCUUCAUCAGCCAAAUGAUGCUCAGAUAGACGUUGAAGGAUAUGAUAGUGGAGAAGAUCAGGAAAUGCGUGGUAAUGUAGAAUAUAUAAUGGACUCUGAAGAUCUCGAAGUUUAUGAUAGAAAUUCUAUGAAAGGAGGGUAUAUUAGGCAUAUGCGGAAUAGUCAAGUUAUAAUGCCUGCCAUGCGCGAUGAGUAUUAUGGUGGUGUAGACGUGUCUCAAUAUUCUGCUAAUAAUAUAAUGAUGAAUAAUGAAUCUCGUUUCUGCCCUGGCUGUAAAAUGACGUUGAAGCGCUCUGUGUUUUAUCAUCAUAGUAGAAUGAUUAAGAAAUAUGGUGUCUGUAAUAUGUUUACUCCGAAAAGGUUUCCUUGUGGGUUCAACGGGUGUGAUGAACGACUGGGAACAGUUGAGAAGUUGUGUGAACAUAUGUGGCAAAUUCACGGUGCUCCUACAGACAUUAAAACUGAAGUCUUUCAUAGCGAGGCUGAUUUUGAAGUCUUUUUGAGGGAUCUGGAAGGUAAAGGCGGCAACUUCCGAAUGUCUCGAGGAAACAAAAUGAUCAAAGCUGGAAUGGUUCAAUAUUUCCGAUGUAACAGAAUGCAAUCUGUGUCACGGGAUAAAACUUUGCGGGCUUGUGAUGAACUGAGUGCAUAUGGAAGCAGUCCUGUGGAGAGAAAUGAAGACGAUCCAUUUGUUGGGAUAGGUGGAAAGCCCUGUUUAAGAACGGAAGAAGCUUGUACAGCUUUCUUCAGAAAAGCCUACUUACCUAAUGGAACUAUUGAAGUUCGUUUUUGUGAUCAUCAUUUACACGAGGAUGAACGGGUUCGAUUACCUGCCAUUCUAAAAGAUAGGAUUUUUGAAAUGAGCCGAAAAAACCUUCCUCCACCUGUAAUCAUGAUGGUUUUACAGCAUGAACGAGAAAAGUUCUGUCAAAUAGGCUCUGCAAUAGAACGACGAAUAAUGGCUUUAACUCCUAAAGAUAUUUCUAACACCCUUCUCUCGAAAUCAUCAGCACGUAAAAAGAAGAAAUCCAAUCAGUAUGAUAAUGAUCAGUAUGAAACGGUUUCUGUUGAUGGACAUCAUCACGAUCAGCAUCAGUCUUCUCCAUCACAAAGUAACAUUUCUAUGGACGGACAAAGAGAGCAUUUCCAAGGAUCAAAUGUUCAUGGAAGUAUGGUCGUUGAAAACGUGUCGUAUGGUCGUAGCAAUCAGAAUGGAACAGAUAACAUAAACAGAGCUGAUCUCACAGAACUGGAACAGCGUAUGCUCGAAACCUAUGAAGCGAAUCAUGAAGUUAUCUUAACUGAUAUGCAAAAGAUGAAACGCAUAGAAAACAAGAAACGUCAUCUUCGAGAAACAAUCCGAACACGUGUUUAUGCUCUUGGUCGAUUUAUCAAAACUAUGAAUUUCGCUGAUAUGUCUAUCGAAGUUCUAGAGGAGAUGUCUGAAGGUUUGAAAAACGUUCUUGACUGCACUCGCAUCAAGAGUGAGCCCGAGGUAUUCUCUCUUUCUUUACCUGCCAAACCUAUCAAACAGGAUGUUGCUGAGAAUGACGAUUAUUUGCAACCGAGUGUCGAGAGGAAAACACGGAAAAGGAAGGUGUUGAAGGCCGAACAGAACGAUCCGGAAGUGAAUUCUGAACCAUGUCUCGAAGCUAAUGAUAGUAGGGAGUACCACACAGAAGACACCAUGGAACAAAUGAUUGUAGAAGCCGAAUCUCCUAUCUCGAAAAAAAUUCAUAACCAGAGCAGGCGGGGCCGUCCAAAGAAAGAAGCAAAAAAGGAAUUGCCAGACGAAGAGGAUAAAUUGGAUGCUCCUACAGAAGAAGUGAAUGAUGAGGUUGUACAGUUGCCUUCUCGAACACGCGUCGGACGUGUUGUUCGACCAAGAACUAUUCUCGAUGUUUAA